AUGUGCAAGAAGUUCACAAGGAUAGAGUUCAAACACAUUCCCAGGAUCCAGAAUGAGUACUCAUUCCAUGUAGAUGACGAUCUGGACGGCAAGUCAUGGUACUACAACAUCAAAAGGUUCCUUAGAACAAGAGAGUACACAGAGAGUGCCACCAACGGUGAGAAGCGACCACUUAAAAGGCUAGCCAAUCACUUUUUCCUUAAUGCGGAAGUCCUGUAUAGGAGGACCCCAGACUUGGGUCUGUUAAGAUGUGUAGAUGUUGCUGAAGAAACCAGAUUGCUAGAAGAAAUACAUUCAGGGACAUGUGGACCUCACAUGAAUGGCUUCACCUUAUCCAAGAAGAUUUUAAGAGCCAGAUACAUUUGGAUGACCAUGGAAAGUGAUAGAAUCCGUUAUAUGAAGAAGUGUCACUAG